AUGGCUGCCGUCACAUUACAUCUAAGAGCUGAAACUAAACCCCUAGAGGCACGUGCUGCCUUAACACCUACCACGGUUAAAAAACUGAUAGCUAAGGGCUUCAAAAUAUAUGUAGAGGACAGUCCACAAUCUACUUUCAAUAUUAACGAAUAUCGUCAAGCAGGUGCCAUUAUAGUGCCUGCAGGUUCAUGGAAAACCGCUCCACGCGACAGAAUCAUUAUAGGUUUGAAGGAAAUGCCUGAAACCGAUACUUUCCCUCUAGUCCACGAACACAUCCAGUUUGCUCACUGCUACAAAGACCAAGCUGGGUGGCAAAAUGUCCUUAUGAGAUUUAUUAAGGGACACGGUACUCUAUAUGAUUUGGAAUUUUUGGAAAAUGACCAAGGUAGAAGAGUUGCUGCCUUUGGAUUUUACGCUGGGUUCGCAGGUGCAGCCCUUGGUGUAAGAGACUGGGCAUUCAAGCAAACGCAUUCUGACGAUGAAGACUUGCCUGCAGUGUCGCCUUACCCCAAUGAAAAGGCAUUGGUUAAAGAUGUUACCAAAGAUUAUAAAGAAGCCUUAGCCACCGGAGCCAGAAAGCCAACCGUGUUAAUCAUUGGUGCGCUAGGAAGAUGUGGUUCCGGUGCCAUCGAUCUGUUGCACAAAGUUGGUAUUCCAGAUGCUAACAUAUUAAAAUGGGAUAUCAAAGAAACUUCCCGUGGUGGUCCCUUUGACGAAAUUCCACAAGCUGAUAUUUUUAUCAAUUGUAUAUAUCUAUCGAAGCCAAUUGCUCCUUUCACUAACAUGGAGAAACUGAAUAAUCCUAACAGAAGACUAAGGACCGUGGUGGACGUAUCAGCAGACACUACCAACCCUCACAACCCCAUCCCAAUAUACACUGUGGCUACUGUGUUUAACAAACCUACCGUUCUGGUACCUACCACUGCCGGGCCUAAAUUAUCUGUCAUCUCUAUUGAUCACUUGCCUUCUUUGCUGCCAAGAGAAGCUUCAGAAUUUUUCUCUCAUGAUCUCUUACCAUCUUUAGAGCUCCUACCUCAAAGAAAAACUGCUCCUGUCUGGGUUAGAGCCAAGAAAUUGUUCGAUAGACAUUGCGCUCGUGUUAAAAGAUCUUCAAGAUUGUAG